CUGACAACGGGCGCCGGCAACCGGCAACGCGAGGUCCCCAUUGGCUGCGAAAAGUUGUUUAUCGCGGUUCAAAAAAGUUAAUGUGUGCGGUCGGUUACGGUGUUGAGAGGUGAGAUCCGGAUAUAUUUCCAAUAUUUAUGAUCCGUAUUUCACGUGCUCGGGCCUCAAGAUGGUACGAUACGCCGCCCUUAAAGGAUUGUACGAUCUGGAGAAGACGAUCGGUAGCGGCGGCUUCGCCAAAGUUAAAUUGGCGAUUCACGUCGCUACCGGUGAAAAAGUUGCCAUUAAGAUUAUGGAGAAGACGACAUUAGGAGAAGAUUUACCAAGAGUCAAGCUUGAAGUGGAGGCACUCAAGACAUUGUUGCAUCAACAUAUCUGUAGAUUAUACCAAGUGAUAGAGACAGAGAGUCAUUAUUUCAUGGUAUUAGAAUAUUGUUCCGGUGGAGAGCUAUUUGAUCAUAUAGUUGAGAAAAACAAAUUGUCGGAAGCUGACUCUCGAAGGUUCUUUUGCCAGAUAGUUUCUGCUGUUGCAUAUAUGCACAGUUUGGGAUAUGCUCAUAGAGAUUUAAAGCCUGAGAAUGUUUUAUUGGAUAAAGAAGAAAAUUUAAAGUUAAUUGACUUUGGACUAUGCGCAAAACCCAAGACGGGAAUGCAAGCACAUUUAUAUACUUCUUGUGGUUCUCCCACCUAUGCAGCACCAGAGCUCAUAAUGGGGAAGAAAUAUUUAGGUUCAGAAGUAGACAUUUGGAGCAUGGGAGUUCUUCUAUAUGCUUUAUUAUGUGGCUUUUUGCCUUUUGACGACAAUAAUUUAGAAAAUUUAUAUAAAAAAAUACUUAAUGGCAAAUAUGAGGAACCGUACUGGCUUUCUAAUGAUAGUAAAGCACUAAUUAAGUCAAUGCUACAAAUCGAUCCAGUAAAAAGAAUCACUAUUGAUGAAUUAUGUCUUCAUCCAUGGGUUACAUUAAAUUCUUUGAAACCUGUAGUAUUUACUCAUAGGACAAAAUUUGAAAAAGAUGAUGAAGUAUUGAGCACUAUGUCCGCUAUUUGUGGUGAAAAUAAUACAGACAUAUGGAAGAAACUUAUGAAGAGUGAUAGGACUGAUUAUAGAACAGCUACAUAUUUGUUAUUGCUUGACAGGAAAUUACGUGGACUUUCAUUAAAAAUAGCAUCUGUAACAAAAUCUCAUCUUAAGCAGGAUAUGAACGAUAUCAGUUUUCCACAACGCAAAGCAGUAAUCAAUAAUUUUAUAACCAAACUCGAUCAUUCUCCAAGAAGUAGAAUAAAUAACAAAUUAUCUCCAGUGGUCGAUGUCACUUACGAUGUUCUGCCCAAAAGAAGUGAUAAAAAUAAUUUUACAGAACCAAGUAUACCGACACGAAAAAGAUUACGAAGCAGAGAGCCUGAUGAUAUAUCAUCGCCCGUUCCAGCAAAAAGACCGCCUGAAAAUAAAUCAGUUACUACUCCUACACAAUGUUCGAUAUUAGAUACCAGAACUUCACAAACAUCUACACCCGGUAGCGCAAGAAAAGUUAUGAUGGGGUUGGAACGAGGAUUUAAUCGAGUGAGAUAUGUUCUUACACCAAAAAGGCGAGUGAAGAAUGAAAAUAUAGAUCCUGAAGAACCGAACAUACUGUCAGGAAAGGGACUAUCUAACGUGUCUGCGACAUGCAGCGGUUGUCCAAAGCAUGUCCUCUCGAAAUUACGAAGAGCACUUCGGCGAAAGGGUAUAAUGUGCCAUCAGAAAGGAUUUAUUCUGCAAGGGGAGACUGAAGAAUUAUUUUCGGAAGAUAAAAAAGAUUCGUCCAAAUCAAUUUCUUCUCAGAAUUCCUGUUCCUUUGAACUUGAAGUCUGCCUUUUGGAGAUUGGUCCAAAUGGGAAACGGUUAGUUGGCAUUCGCCGAAAAAGACUAAAAGGUGACGCAUGGGUCUAUAAACGCGUCUGUGAAGAAAUUCUUGCUCUCACAGCAGAAGAUAUCUCUACAGAUCCGGAAGAUUCCUACGAGUCCAAAUGUCCUAUCUGAGGUAGUUGUUAUAUAUAUUAUUUAUAGUGCAGAAAAAAAUUUCUCAAUACGUGCACUCUGAAUAUGAUAAUAAGAGAAACUUGUGUUUUAAUUUUUUAAUAUACAACACAAGAUCUAUGUUUCAUUGGAAGAUUGGUGGAAGAAUAUAUAUAUAUGUGCAACGCAUAGUAUAAGCCUUAAAAAUAUGCAAUUCCUAAGUGUACUCACAUGUUAAAUGUGUAAUUAUUACAAAGAGAGAGAUUAUUUGAUAUAAUAUAACAUUUAUUUUCUAGAGAUAAAAAAAGCUAUAUGACUAAAAUAUAACAGAUCUAUUAAGAUCUAUAAAAAAUAUUCUCGAAGUACGGGUUGUGUAAUCGUAUAAGCGAAAUAAUAUAAUGUAAUAGUAUUUAUGCGAUAUCAUAAUCUAAUAAAUUUAUAUACUACAUUCA